CCGCCAUUGGCUUGUGUCUUAGUAAACAACCUAUCAACGCAGUGCCAACUGUCAUAGAUACCUUCGCAAGUUCAGAAUUCACUCGGAGACAUAUUAUUUAUUUUUCUCUGUAUUUCCGUAGAAGAAGAUGGCCGGAAGAGGUAAAUCAUCGAAGAAGAGCGCAUCGAGGAGCAGUAAGGCCGGUCUGCAGUUUCCCGUCGGUCGCAUUGCUCGGUUCUUGAAAGCUGGCAAGUAUGCUGAGCGUGUCGGUGCGGGAGCGCCGGUGUAUAUGGCCGCGGUGCUCGAGUAUCUUGCUGCUGAGGUGUUGGAGUUGGCUGGGAAUGCAGCAAGGGACAACAAAAAGAGCAGAGUUGUGCCAAGGCAUGUUCAGUUGGCGAUCAGAAAUGAUGAAGAACUGAGCAAGCUGCUUGGUUCUGUGACGAUCGCUAAUGGCGGUGUGUUGCCUAACAUUCACAACAUGUUAUUGCCUAAGAGACCUGGCCCUGGCCCUGGCCUUAAAGGUCCUGCUGAUGAUGACAGCUAAAGGAUUUUCGUGCACCCUUUUUAUCUCUUUUGAAGUCACAUGCUCAUACAGUUAGCAAUUAGUAGGUUUCAGAUUACCCUUUUCUUUUUUGGAUUAGUUUUCAGAACUCAUUUUUAGUGAUCACCAUUCCUGAUUUUCUGUAAUUGAAAAUUCAGAAAAGAAUAGGUUUCCUUAACAUUUGCUUUUCCCUUGAUUUUGUCGUUCAUAAAACAUUUUACUGGCUGAUCAAUUAACAAAUGUUUAUGAAUGCCUUUCAACACAAUGAUUGUAGUGGUGCAAAGCAAAUCUGGCAAACAUCAAAACAAAUGGAAAAAAAUGGGUGGAAAUGAAUUGGAACUUCAUAAGUCAAGCAUUGGAUCCUUGCCGGGGAGUCUUUUCUUCUUUGGCUGCAGCAGUGGCAGACACAUAAUAGGCAACUAUGAACAGUCCAUGAAUGAAACAUAGGAUACCUCCUAUGGAGAGCACUCGAUGGUGAGAUAAGCCACAAGACUUCCUGGAUUUUGUGUUUGACAUUGCCCCUAUAAUCAGCAUGGAGAAUCCAAUUGCCAAUAUAAUCCUGAGUUGCCACAAUAUUCGUCAGAAUGCAGUCCUCUAGCUUGAAGUGAAAGCAAAUGAUGGGUUCUGAUAUGCACAGACAUGGGGAUUUAUUUCAUACGUACCAUGAGAAGAUAAGGGAGGUUACAGCUAAUUGCUUGUUAGCAGAAGCCUUAGCAAAAUCUUCCUUAGACCACAUGCAAAUGCACUUCCCAAACAAAUUAGCAAUAACAUGAGCAAGGGCCAUAAGGAUUGCUGCAGCCAACCCAAGUUUGAAAGCUUGAUAGCUUGGAUCUCUACACUCAAAAAUCCACAUCUUCAAAUGCUUCACCUGUUCAUCAACGACCAACACAAUCAAUGCAAAUCUGCAGCAAUAUACUAUUUUAGUUCAACUCCUCACUUACCUUGUUCUGGGCUAUUUCAGCUUCAAUGCCAAGUAUCCCAGCUACAAUGUCCAAGGCCAUUAUCAACAGACAAAUCAAAACCCCAAUGUUUUUUGCCAUUUUUUCUGGUUUUCUGAAUGCAGAUUGCGAGGAGAAGACAGAGGUUGUUUUUAUAGGGAACUUCAACUUUUUAACUAGAGAAGCUUUAUGAUCGCGUUAAGAGGAGAAUAAGAAUAAAGUGGAACAGGUAUUGCGGAUCAUUACUGGAUUAACUGUGAAUUAAGAGUAAAAAGCUUCUUCCAUCUCUGCAAUUUCCUUUAUUCUUUCUUUUACACAUGUUCUUUCAAAAUUCUGAUUCCUUUCAUGGGAUACAAGGAAAGCACAGUAUCUUUAGCACGAUUGUAACAGUGAUGGGCAUGGACAACAAAGAAAAGUUCAUUUUUGAUUCAUUACUUUA